AUGUCCAAUGGUCACUCGGCGCUUCCAGGGCCUGCUGCUGCUGCUGCUGCUGCAGGAGCGGAUGCAGCAGCGGCAGCAGGAGCGCUGCAAGUAGCCCGUGCUGCUGCGGGUGAGGCUGCUGCGCUGCUGUCUGCAGCAGCGGGCGACGCCUCAGCCCGCAGCACUGCAGCAGCAGCAGCAGCAGCAACAGCAAACACUCCGAACCAGCAGCAGCAGCAGCAGCAGCAGCAAGCAGAAGCAGCAGCAACAGAUGCAGAAGUAGCAGCACUAAGAAUCCCCGGCUUGAGACAAUUAAGUAAUGUUGAUGCGUUUCAGCAAACACCGCUUAAGCAGCAGCAAUUGAAACAGCAGCAGCAGCAGCAGCAGCUGGUGCUGCCUUCCUCAGCAGCAACGCCUGCCUCAGCAAGAGCAGCAGCAGCAGCGGCUGCUGUUGCAGCAGCAGAAGCAGCAGCAGAAGCAGCAGCAGAUGCUUAUGUGGCGACAGCAGAAGCUGCAGCGUUAUCGGCUUCGGGUGCAGCUGAAGGUGCUGGUGCUGCUGCCAGUUGCGAGCAGCAGCAGCAGCAGCAGCAAGACCAGCGGCAGACGCUGCAGGAGCUAGAGAAUAGCCAUGCAACCUUGUGCCAGUUAGGCCGCCAGCAGCAGCAGCAGCAAGAGCAGCACCACAAAGUGGGGUUUUCUGGGGACGCAGCAGCAAACGCAGCAGCAGCAGAAAGCUCAGGGAGCAGCAGCAGCCGCGAGCGCAGGCGGCAGCAGCAGCAGCAGCAGCAGCAGCAACAGCGGUAG